AAUAUACCAUCUUAUCUCGAAUGGGUUUUUACUAAUCAAAUCAACAUAGGACUUUUUAAAAAUUCAAGUCCCACAAUAGAUGUUUUAUUGUUUCAAUAUAACCUUUUUUGAACUAUAUUAUAGGUGAACUAUCAUUUUAUUAACUGUAUUAUCACAUUUCUAUUUAAAUAAAAACUCGCGUCGCUAAGGACUGUCUAAGUAGAGACCCAACAAUUUUUAUGGUUGACAAGACAUUGACUAUUGACAUGUGACUACGAAUAAGAAUGAUAUAAACAAAUUUGGUGAAAGUAAUUAUUGUCGUAGUUUGAUGCAAUCGGAGUCAUUUCUUUAAAAAAGCAACAAAAUAGUGAUAAUGAAUAAAAUGGAUAUAAAAUCAGAAAUAAAUUUAGAGGAAAAGUCUACAGUUGCUGUAAGUAACACAGAAGAGGAACCUUUGGGUUCGUUAACACUUUCAGAUGUCCCUGAAUCAAAGGGACAACAAUUAAGAUCAAGUGCUAGAGUAUUUAAAAAAAUGAAAUUAGAUUCGACUGCACCAGUAGUUCCCGAAAAAACCGAAAAGAAAGAAGAAAAACCAGAAUCUAAGAAGUGCUUUAGACCUUUAUGGUCUUCUGAAGAUAAAAAUGUUUUUUUUGAAGCAUUGAACGAAUAUGGAAAGGAUUUUGAAAGUAUUCAGCUCUAUAUAAGCAAUAAAUUUAGAAAAAAGGGUGUACCAGACCAUUUCGCCAAAACUAAGGAUCAAAUUAGACAUUUGUACUACAGAACUUGGCAAAAAAUUUCAAAAUAUUUGAAAUUUUCUGAGGGAAUUAAAAAAGUAACUCAAGAGUUGUAUGGUCUGAUUAAUUAUGGAGAAUUAAGAAAAAAACUUGGUUCGGUCAAUGUGAAGUAUUUACUUAAACUUAAUAAAUUAAUUUACAAAGGAUCAAUUAUAUUAAGAGUGAAAGGAAAGUCUAUCAAAGUGAAGACUCCAUAUUGUAGAGCACUACGAAAAUUAAACCAAUUGGAUGAUAAAUAUGAAGAAAUAAGACUUCCAAAUAGAUUGACAGUAGAACUACGGCCUAAGGAUAUGGCAUCAUUCCUGAAAGUUCAAAGUGUUGCCCAGAAUCCAAGAUUGAAAACUUAUAUGCCUCUACAAAAAAGAUUGAGUUCCUUGAUAGAUUGCUUGAGUAAAAGAUGGAAGAGUGUGGAAGCAAAUGUUUAUGACAAAGCUUUAAUUUCUACAUCUAUUACUGUUAACUCUAUACCAACAGAGCAGGAAAUUCAAAUUAAUAAGGAACGGCUCAAUCCACUUUUAAGGAUUACGCCUCCUGUAGAUUGUAAGAUAGAAGUUCCCUCUAUAAGCCUUGGAGAAUAUUUUUCUCGUCAAAGUAUGUGUUUUAAUUCAUACGAAAACCGGUUGAUGUCAAACUACAAAGCAUAUCGUAAUUGUGAUAACUACAAAAUUAUUAACAAAACUACGAAAAAAGGUGGCAGAUCUAGAACAGAUAGUGCUAGUGAAAAAUUGCAAAAAAAUGGAGUUAACGUUGAGGAAGAUGGCUGUGAUAAUAUAGUGGCUGCUGAAAAUGAGACUAGCAAUGAGACCACUAAAGAUGCUAGCAAGGAAACUAGUAAAAAAUCGGAAUCGACUGAAUACAAUACAGAAGAAGUUAAAGUGCAGGAUGAUAAAACGGCGAUUGAUAAUGACAACACUGAAAAAUUAGAGAGACAGGAAAGAAUUGAAACGUUGAGAAGAGGUUGGACAAUAAAAAAUAGCGAAAGUAUAACUAUGGGAGAAAUCUAUUUAAUGUGUGGCAGUAAUUCAAAACUUGUUCUAGAAUACAGCUGGGAUCCAGAACCAAUACCAGAAUCUGAAUUAAAUAAUAAGCUGGAACCAGAUAUUACCGAUACUCCGAAUUACGGUCAAAAUUUGGAUCUAAGUGAACCACUUCUAAAACUAUUAUCAGUCGCUAAACUUCAUUAUAGAAAAAAUAUCAUUAAGUGUCCUUGCGGUCACGUUUGUGGUACUAAGAAUAACGCUCAAUUAAAAAGAGACGUCGAAUCAAAAAUAAGGAAAAUUCUAACCGAUAUUGAUAAGUGUUCUGAAGAUACUGACGAGAAAGUGGUAAAUGGUGAACAUAUUUUCGAAAAUCCCCGAGAAUUUGUGAGGCCGACCCCUUACGUGCAACCUAAGUUGCCUGGUACUUCAUUCUACCAAGCUAAUGCUUCACAUUUUGUUUCCAAAAUUGACUCAAUACAAAGCUUUGCACCAGGUUAUUACAAUAAGAAAGGUCGCCGUCCUCGAUCAAAACAAGUGGUAGUCGAAAGGAAACUACCAAUUCUUCCCAACAAUGUCGGAAGUGGUCAUCAGAUUGUCAGAAUGAAUAUAAUUUCAAAAGACAAUCCAAAACCACCUGAUCCAAAAAAAGUUGCUACGACCUCCAAUAUAUUCAAUUCCAACGAACAGCCGUCCACUUCAACGUCUAAUACCGAUUUUUCAAAUAAAUCUGAAGAAAUAUCAGUGGAAAAUUUCAAUAAUUCUAGUAUGGACAUAAAACCCGUCAGUCCUACUAGAAUUUUAAAUGAAACCGAUCAAUGGAUAAAUUCUGAAGUGGAAGAUUAUUCAUUAAGCAGUUUACUAGGCCAUUUGGAAUCUCCUGUGAAAACUAGUACUAGUAUAAUAAUAAAUGAGGACUCUCGAAUGUUUCAAGAUGUUGAUGCACAAUUACAUUCAAUGUUGACCCAAAAUAGCGUGGACUUUUCUGCAAGUUUUGCCGAUUUAGCGGCUGAAGUAGCAAGAGAUACAAAAUGCGAACUGGGUUGAACACUUGUUUAAAUAGAGAAAGUAGUGAUUUAUAGAAAGGAUCGAGUCAUAUUGAAUAGUGGACGUAAUUUUUUCUUGAUCGAGAAUAUUAGUACUCGUUGGAUUACUGAAUUAGGCUCCAACAAUCAAACAUAAAUUUUCUUUAAACAUUCUUUUAUAAUAUAUCCUAUUUUAACUGUGGCAUUAAUAAAAAUAGACUUUCUCGUUUCUUCUUCAAAAUAAGACAUUUAUAAUAGCUGCAGAAUUGGGAUUUUAAUCCAUAUGUUUUUCUUCUAAAGUAAGGGCUACCACAUUUGCAUUUUUUACAAGAGGCAUUGAUGAAUCGGGUGUCCCAAUAAGAAUGGCUCUCGGCCAUAUCUCGGGAAUCGUUUAUAGUAUUCGGGAAAAAAAAUUUAUAACAAAAGUGAUCUCGAGAAAAACCUAGAAAUUAUUUACAGAGUUGUAGGUCCACCGUCAGAGGGCGUAAUUAAAUACCAAAAAUUAUAAAAUGAAUAAUUUACAAAUUUUGCCUAAUUAAGAUGCAUUUAAACUAUGAUUAUCGUAUUCUUCAAGAAAUUCAGCGUAUAUUUUAUUUUACAAGUUUUAGUCUAUCCCUUCAAAUAAGAGGUGGGGGGAAGCGGGAACUUUAUUAUGAAAAAACGCCUAUAAGUCCAGUUCUACUUAACCUAUCUAUGCAAACUUAGUCUUUUUGAAGAGAGUUCCUUUCUACCAACGUAAGAGUUAUAAUCUCGAAACAACCUAAUGAGUAAUGUAUACGCUAGAGGGAACUAUUUAUUUAUUUUUUUUUUAAAAUCUAGCUAUCAUUGAAAAAUGUUGAAUGGAAACAUGCAGUUUUAAUUAAGGAAUAUAAAAGUAGACCAAACUAGCAACAGAAUAGCGAAAACCGCAUGUCGAUAUCUUUUUCGUAUUACGAGAUAUCCUAAGAAAUGUGUAAAUUUUAAGCAUUUUUCUUUAAACAUAAAUUACUAUGGGUUGACUGAACGGGUUUUAACAUUUUUUGACUCCUCAAAAUUGUCUUUCCUUGUUCUAUUAAUAAUAGUUCCAAUUAUUAUGUCAUUAUUACUUAUGCUGUCGCCGGGAAACUGCGUUAUGGAAGUUAAAAUGGAAAUAUAUAAAAACAAGUAGUGGGCCAUGAAAAAAACCAAACAAAAAGAUAUGCCUUGUGUCAAAUUAAUAAACCUAGUAAUUUGUUCAUUUAUGUGUCAUUGCGAUUUUUGUGCAUUAAAUUCGAUAUAAAAUUUACGUAAAAGUUAUAUCUAAGAUGAUUCUUACAAACGAAGAAUUUUAUAAUUUUUGGUAUUUAAUUACGCCCUCUGGUGGUGGACCUACAACUCUGUAUAUAAUUUCCAUGUUUUUCAAUUUUGUCACUUUUAUUAUAAAUUUUUUUCCCGACACUGUACUAUAAACGGUUCCCGAGAUAUGGCCGAGAGCCAUUCUUAUUGGGACACCCGAUACAGUAAGGUAUAAAAAUUAUAAAACGUAACUGUUUGUUUUCAUAAUUGUUAGGAGUGCGUGAAUGCUUUGAAGAGGUACAGUGUUGUUUGUUGCGAAUUGGUACUAACCGCUGGUCAAGAGAGUUUCAGAAACUUUGUAGUUUUCUUUUUUUGCACAAAACAGUGCACAACACUACAGUGUACUUCUAUUGUUCUUUUACAUUAAUAGAAAAUCAUUUAUAUUUGAAUACUGUUAUCAUGUUUAGAAGAUACUCGAUGUUAAUAAUUGUGACAACAAUGGUAACAAUUCUUGGGUUUCACGAGUAAUGCGGACAAUUUUUGUCUCUGUGACGCGAGCGCCAUCUAGCGGUGAGGUGCGACAAUUGGGCGUCGGCCAUAUUGUUGAUGCGUUUUUCGUGAACAAACAACAAAAGCUAGUGAACUGCACUGUAGUGAAAUUUUUAUCAAUAAUCCGACCGCUCAUAUAUGUUAAUUGCUAUUUAACAUUACGCCAAAUAUCUUUUUUUAGUUUUAUCAAAAGCCUAGAUUGAUGGAAAGAAGUGUGAACGAUAGUGCUAAUUACCGAUAUUGCUUGUUUUACAUCUACUCUACACGGAUCAUCAAUCCAUAUUCCCGAUGAAUACGUCCAACAUGAAUAUAAUAGAGAAAAUUUCGGGUUUUUCGCACAGGAAAUAAUGAGAAUAGUCCUAGAAAACAACCCGCCCGGCUCAAGGCCUCCCGGGAGACCAACUAAAAGGUUGAAAGAUAGUUGGCAAUCCACCUCUCAGGAAAAGAUGCAGAGGCAGCUUCAGAAUUAACAGAUCGACAGAUCUCCAAGAAGUAGAAGAAGAAAUAAUGAGACUGUACAAGACUUCGUAAAAGACUGGAAAUAUCGAAAUGUCAAAGAUGAUGUGAGACCCUGAAUUUAUUAGUUUGUUAUCUAAAUAACUGAAAAAAAAUCUCAAUUACUCGUAGGGACGCAAGACAUAAAUUUCAGUAGGGAAAUUGAAAUCAAGUGGAAAGAAAGAAACACUAUCCAGUUGUAUAUUAUUUCAUCGAAUGAAAAGAUAUAGGGAAACACAAAAUGAUUUAGGAGAAUUGAGAGCAAUGAAAGUGAGAAGAAAAGUUAUUCGGACAUAAUAUACAAUACAAAAUGUGAUAAAGAGUUAAAUCCUGAUUCCAGACGAACAAGAGCAAACAAGAACACUAUAGUGCCGCAUGCAUAACAAGUGGAAUGCAAAGCUUGCCAAGCUCUAUCACACGUUCCCCUGGCAGCACUUACACACGAGAAAGAAAUACAAAGUUAGAGGUGAGGAAAUUGUGAGCUCUCAACUGUCCAUAGCUUCUUUGGUCUUGAAGCUUGUGCGGAAAACUAGGUACUCCAGUCUGUCUAAUUCGGUCACGCGUACGAAUAAUCACUAGAAAUGCUCCGGUUUGUCCUUUCUUCCGGAAACGCAUCAACAACAUGACCGACGCCUUGUCAUUACUGUUGAAUAGAUGGCUCUCGCGCGGCGUCGCCCUUCCGGGGCCUCGUGCACCCCAAGGAUACCAUAUAAUAUAUUGAAUUGUUAUAUAUUUUUAGGUUAUGAAAAUAGCAACAAUAGAUUAAAUUUAACGUAUGUAACAAAAGUUUUCAGAAAAAAUUCGUUGUUUUGAAUUUAAUUCUGAAUAAAUCUAGUUGCCAUAGAAAACACAGAUUUUAUAAUGUUUCAUUUUUCAUAUGUCAUUUUCGUUUUCAUCAAUUUUUAACUUAGUUAUGGCGUACAAGUUAGAUAUCCGAAGAAGUAUCUACAGUUUAGUUGGACGGUUGUCAACAACUGACAUUUUGAUUAAAUAUAGAGAGCAGAAAAUUGCAAUUUCGACCAUUAAUAAAACAAUAAGUGAACAAGGACUACUGCCCAGUCAAAUAUAUUGGUGGUAUGUGCAAAAGACAAAUUAGGAACACCAACUCGAAGGUUGGCUCGCCGAUUUCGGGUUUUCCACAUGACUAUCAAACGAGAACAAUAGAGAAAGGGAGUUCAACAUCGGAGAAGGAAAAAUGUCCAAAAUAUACUGAAGAUCAGUUGUGCAGAAUUCCAAUAUGCUGUGCAUAAAGAAGACGUCACUUCACACAGAAUAUAGUUUUGAUUAUGGAUGAGGAAAAAUAUUUAACCUUAUCACAUUCAGAUAUUGAAGACAACGGUGGAUUUUACACGGAUGAUGUAGAAAAUUGUCCCAAUGACGGGAAAUGUGAAUUUGUAGAUAAAGUUUUGAUCUGAUGUGCCAUAUCCGAAACAGGCAUUUCACGUCCUUGUGUUUUCCUGAUUUUUUGAAUACUUCUAGUAAUUAAAUGUUGUUGCAUCGCGAUUAAAUUUUUCAGCAUUUGUUUGCACCAAUCGACACAACCUUUUUUUGAGCGGUUGUCAAAUUAUGCGAUAUACAACGCGAACAAAUCUUUUUAACAGCCAAAUGUUCAUCCAAUAUUGAAUGUAUGCGAGUGGAAUCAAUGUCCAAGUACACCUCAAUCUCUCGGUAUGUUACAUGACGAUCUUGAAAUAUUUCUUCUGGCAUCGAUUUUUUCUGGCACAACAGCAAAUUUUGGACGACCUUCACGAAAUUCAUCCUGUAGCGGAGUGCGACCACGAUGGAAAUCGGAAAACGAGCCAAACACAUUGACUAGAGAAGGUGCUUCAUUACUGAAAUAGAAGCGAGUUGAUCGGCACACUGCUGUUGGUUUAAUCCACGGCGAAAGUCGUAGAACAUCAUUGCACGAAAAUGCUAUUCUAUUUUUUGACCAAGAUUAAUGGUAGAAAUAUCUGUAAACAAUUCAAAUAGUAAUCGUAUAACACGUUUAGAGUACGUUCACCUUUAAAAAUGUCAAUCGUUAUGUGAGACUUGACACAUCUUAUAUUUACAUCAAUGUUGCCAUAUCUCUAAACUUAAGUAGUAACCCUCGUUUAGUGUAUAUGAAUUUAUGAUGUCAUAUAUGUAGACUAGAUAUAGAGCUAGACUGGUUCAAUAUUAUUAUAUAUACUUAAAUCCCGCGAAGUAUGUAAAAUUUUUCUAUUUCCCGCAGAAUUUAACCUUGUAUUUUUAUAAAUUUAUUCGACACUUUUCCCAUGAAAUUAUAGUCAACUUUGACUGAAUUAUAUCAUCAUCAUAAGCAUUUUAUUCGGUACGUCAAUAUGACUGUGUAUUAUGAAAAAUUGAGAGAAAUUCAAAUUAUUGAUUUGUUAUAUUGAAUGGAAAUUGAAUUUUAGUGUCUUAAAUUGAUUAGGAUAAAUUUAUUGUUAUAACAUUUGUAGGAAAAAAAAUUGUUGCUGUUAAAAAAAUUUGAAUAAUAGCAUACUAUAGUCAAUUGAACCAAUAUAAAUAUAAAAAUAUCAAGAAAAAAGUUGUAGCAAGUAAGGUUUUUUUGUAACAUUAGAAAAAUCACAUACAGAACAGUUAAGUUCAAUAUUUAUUCACAAAAUGUCUGUACAGGUUUUUUUACUUUGUGAAUGUUUGUAUAAUGGAUAUGAAACUAACAUAAUAAAUCGAAAAUAUAUAUUAGUAACAAA